UGUGCGUGUGUGUGUGUGCGCGCGUGUGUGUACGUGUGUGUAUCGGCCCGAGCUACGGGCUGGAACAUUUGAACCCGAAGCUCCUGCUGUGACUCCCCAAGACUCCGCCGUGCCAGCCACUGCCGAUUCCCAGCGCUCAUCAGCACAAACUUUAUUCUUGGCAAACUUCUCUUUUUCUCCCCUCCUCCUCCGCCCCCUCCCCCUCCAGCAGAUUAAAUGCUCCUCCAGAAGGAAAACCGAAGCGAAAGGGAAGGAAAGAAGCUCUAACGCGGACGUCUGCAGCCCGGGUGACUCUUUAUUGUUUACUCAGAAGGAAGUGGACUUUUCGGCAUUUUCUGAUUUUCCUCGCACCUCCGCUGAGGCAAACGGAGCCUCUUGGACCAGCUCUUCUCAAAAGAAAAAAAAAAUCUAAAAACACCGAAAUCAGCAUCCGAGAAAUCCGCGGAGAGGUUUUGCACGGCGACGCGCCACGGGACUCUCGUUUGCACUUUGGAAAGUCGUGUUCCCUCCAGAACCGGUGUCCUCGGAGCACAGACCCCAGCAGCGAGGGCGGCGUGGGGUGGCCACCCAGCCCUGGCAGCCUAGCCUAGUGCACGCGGAGCGGGGCAGACGCUCCCAGAGGCGCCGGCGGCUGCCGCCCUCGCAGUCUGGUGCCCUUCGCCCCAGGGCCGGGAGCCGGCGUCCUUCUAAGUGGGAAAGCGCGGCAAUCGCAGAGGCUCUUGCAGCUGCUCCAGUCGUGGGCCCCUCGCUUGCCCACCCAGCUUCCAUUCGCAGUCCUCCCGCACUCAGUCUCCCAACCCUCCCCACCUCACAUCGACCUCCCCUUCCUGCUGUCUCCGAGUGUUCCCGCGGCGGAGCGGAGAUUACACAGCCGCCGGGAUGCCCCAACUUUCCGGAGGAGGCGGUGGGGGGGACCCGGAACUCUGCGCCACCGAUGAGAUGAUCCCCUUCAAGGACGAGGGCGAUCCCCAGAAGGAGAAGAUUUUCGCCGAGAUCAGUCACCCCGAAGAGGAGGGCGACUUAGCAGACAUCAAGUCAUCCUUGGUAAACGAGUCCGAAAUCAUCCCAGCCAGCAACGGGCAUGAGGUGGUCAGACAAACACAGUCCUCGCAGGAGCCCUACCACGACAAGGCCAGAGAGCACCCGGAUGACGGAAAGCAUCCGGACGGAGGCCUAUAUAACAAGGGCCCCUCCUACUCCAGUUACUCUGGCUACAUCAUGAUGCCCAAUAUGAAUAGCGACCCAUACAUGUCAAAUGGAUCCCUUUCUCCACCCAUCCCGAGGACCUCAAAUAAAGUGCCGGUGGUGCAGCCGUCUCACGCGGUCCACCCCCUCACGCCCCUCAUCACGUACAGUGACGAGCACUUUUCUCCAGGAUCUCACCCGUCACACAUCCCGUCAGAGGUCAACCCCAAGCAAGGCAUGUCCAGACACCCUCCAGCUCCUGAAAUGCCCACCUUCUACCCCCUGUCUCCAGGCGGCGUUGGACAGAUCACCCCACCCCUCGGCUGGUUUUCCCAUCACAUGAUUCCUGGUCCCCCUGGCCCCCACACAACUGGCAUCCCUCAUCCAGCAAUUGUAACACCUCAGGUCAAACAGGAGCACCCCCACACGGACAGCGACCUAAUGCACGUGAAGCCUCAGCAUGAACAGAGAAAGGAGCAGGAGCCUAAAAGACCUCAUAUUAAGAAGCCUCUGAAUGCUUUCAUGUUAUACAUGAAAGAAAUGAGGGCGAAUGUCGUAGCCGAGUGUACGCUAAAGGAGAGCGCAGCUAUCAACCAGAUCCUGGGCAGAAGGUGGCACGCCCUCUCCCGGGAAGAGCAGGCCAAAUAUUAUGAAUUAGCGCGGAAAGAAAGACAGCUACAUAUGCAGCUCUAUCCAGGCUGGUCAGCGAGAGACAAUUAUGGCAAGAAGAAGAAGAGGAAGAGAGAGAAGCUACAGGAAUCUACUUCAGGUGGCAAAAGAAACUCAUUCCCAACGUGCAAAGCCAAGGCAGCGACCCCAGGCCCUCUCCUGGAGAUGGAAGCUUGUUGAAAACCCAGACUGUCUCCACAGCUUGCCCGGCUGACCCCAAGGAGCACUGACAGCAACUUUACCCUGAGGUCACUGCUAGCGCUGACCCACAGACACAGUCACUGCCAGCCCUCCCUUCUGUCUACUGCAAGCGCUGACUUCCAAAAGAAAGCCGAAUACAGUCGUUUCUGAAAAAGAAAAAAAAAAAUAAAAUUAAAAAGUCCAUGAGAAAGCUAGCAGGCCCUGCCCACUGAGCAGCAUUGCUUCCGGUCUCCGGGCGCUUCUCGAGCAUCUUCUGCGCAGACCUGUCACCCUUCAGCCAGGACAGACGGUUCCUUGGCUGUGUUUGCCUCGUCACGUGCACCUGGAGCCAGCGACCCGAGCAGGCAUCAGCAUCCUGGCGUGAGAAUCGUGGAAGACUCCUCUCGUUCCUGUCUUCAUUUUCCUAUCUCUUCAAGUUUUUAUUUAACAGUACAAAAGGAUCAAGUUUGUGUUUGCUUCUUCUUUUUUUUUUUAACUUGAAUUUUUAAGUUUACUUUUAUUUUUUCACUUUUAUUUUCCUUGUAUAUUUUGCUAGCUCUGAGCUUUUAAGUGAAAUUCAUAGGUCUGGAAGAGUUUGAAAUAAAAACAAGAUGAAAAGAAGCCUUUUUUUUUUUUCCCUGAGAGAUCUUGUCCCGUAAGUGGCUUCUCUGUGAUACACAGUGGCCUCUGCCCUGUGAGGUGUCUGACAAAGCUAAAGAGGUAGCCAAGCCCACUCUUGUUGGAGGUCACGUUUGGCAAUCCGUCUCACUUCAUUUUCUGAUUUUUUUUCUUUUAUAUAAAUAACAAACCUUAACAUCUCCUUUGAGCGAACCCAUUUGCAGUGGAUUUUCUUUUUCUUUCCUUUCACUCCUGUAAAAAGCCCAGCACUUGAAUUGUUCUUACUUUAAAUGUUCCGUAUUUGUACCUGUUUUUAUUAGCCGAUUAGUGGGAGUUUAUGCCAGUUGUUAAAACGAGCAUCGACGUACCUGUUAUUUUUUAAAUAGCAAGGCGCAGCCUCCGCCCCAAACUGUCAUUUAACGUUUGUCACUCCAGUUUGAGUUAACGUGCUGAGCAUUUUUUAAAAGAAGCUUUGUAAUAAAACAUUUUUUUAAAAGUGUCA